AGCCACUUAAGAAGGGCUUCUACCUGAUGCACAAAAACCUUGAUGACACAUGGGUUAGCUUCAAGUAUGAAAGGUUGUCGGAUUUCUGCUACCUUUGUGGUCGAAUUGGCCAUGGAAGAAACUUCUAUCUACAAAAACAAAUUGAGGAUCAAGUGAACUUUGGACCUAAUUUGAGGGCUCUAACGACUCCCUUUAACUCCUUUUUCGUAGAAAAUUGGUCAGAAAAAGAAGCUACCAUAGGUGGAACUUCUAGAACCAAGGGAUACAAGAAAGGGACUGGGGAAGGCCAACGGCCACCAGCAUGUCAAAUAUGUGAACAUGGGAAGGCAGGAGGUGUUCGCGUUGCAACAAAGGACAACCCUAACAAACUGUCAGUUGGUGGUGUGAGCUCCUACGUGUACAAGAAUCCCCCAUCCAUUGCCAUCCUUCCAUGUGUAGCCAUUCUCCCAAGAGUUCAGCCUCACACUCGGGAAUUCUCAGUAGAUAGACAGACAAACAAGAGCAGUGAUGAAGCAGUUGUCGUCUUAUCCACUCCAAAGGGGCACAAGGAGAAAGGGGAAUUACCUAUAACAUCUGAAGUAACCCCUUGA